UAAACUAAAAUUUUGGAAGUGUUAAAUUAAAAUAGAUCGAUUUUUGUUGUUGAUUUAAAAAGAAAAUAAAAUCCUGGCGGGUGUUGAAACGUUAAACGAUAUCGUUGGUGGUUUGAACGUUGUCGGUGGUGGUAAAAGAACGUUUUUGGGUGGAACAACUUACGUAUUUAAUCCGGUUGAAACGUGCACGCGAACUCCGACGCCGGAAAAAUCAUUGAUACAACAACAAAAACCCAACGAAGAUGUUACCGAAACAACGCUUGUUUCACCCCAAAGCGUUGUCGCGUUGGAUCGCAGAUCACUCGGUCAUAGCAAUUAUAUGGCUGAAUACGAUUUAAGUUUUCGCGUUUGCGACUUCGACGCCGCCGACAGACAUGAUAGGUGUUGCGUCGGAGGAAAAUACGGAAAUUUGUACACGAUUACAACGGCAGGCGUUAAUAAUGGAACCCUUGAAGAGCGAACAUACGAUGAACCGUACGCGGGUGAUCUUCCGAGAAGGUCGUGGUUAUGUUGCCCCGGGUCGCAAACGAAUCCGGAAGGGGAUCAACCGGCUUUAUUAUCGGGAGGCGGAGAAUUGGGGGGAAGUUUUGGUCAAGAGAAAAUUAUUAAAACACCACCCCAACAACACUCGGAAUGUAUCGGAACUUGUGAAAAAUUACAAGAACAAUUGGAUGAGCAAUCGCAAAGGUAUGAAGAACAGCUGACAGAACUUCAUUCGGUAAUAGCUGAGCUUACAAGAAAAUUACAACAACAAAAAGCUAUGGCUAUUGCCGAAGAAGAUGAAAUAUCAGAACCUUGUACAGAUUUACAUGAAGACUCUUUGACUUGCCCCUUGGAAGUUAGCGAGCUAGAACCGGCCGAAAAUGAUUUAUCCGACGUUGACGUCAAACCGUUUGCAGAAAGUCCUUCAGAACUUCCCGAACCAAAGCUCUCCACCUCAAACCACGAAAACAACGAGACAACAUCUCCAAACUCGACGUCUCAAGAUAGCGUAACGCCCUUAAAACAGGAAAUAGCAUCCCUCAAAGCCCAACUGUUGGAGGCGCACGCGAAACUUUCGGCCUACGAAACCACCACUCGAAGCACCACGCCCACAAAAGACGUCGAAGACGCAACCACUAAGACCUUAGAAUCGGUAGAAUCUCAAUUGGAAACCGAUUGCGAGCAACCGCCGAAAAAUUUUUACAACAAAAACGAAAAUUUAAUUAAAUACGGAAACAUCGUACCAGUUCAUAAAAGUCACGGUUUGACGAAUAGGAAUGGAAUUGGGAUUCCCCGGGCGACCAUAACGAAAAUGGCGGAGAGGAUUAAAUUAAAAACGGUUUCGGAUGAUUUAAAAGAUUUUAGUUCGAACGAGGUAACGAUUAAUGGCGAGGAAUUAUCGACGAUCGUCGCCGAACAUAUCGUCGGUGACAUUUUGAGACAAUGUGAUAGUCAAAGUGAAAAGCAAGCGGUUGAAAUUGAAUUUAAAAGAUUAACGGCGAAAUUAGAACAUGCAAGGUCGCAAAAUUCUGUGUUAGCCUUGACUUUAUCAGAAACGAAAGCUCAUUGUGAUAGGUUAGCACUAUUAUGCGGAAAAUACGAAUCAAACGCGAUUGCGUUACGUUUAGCUCUUGGAAUGUGUGAUAGAGCAAUAGAAGCAUACGACGUUUUAUUAGCACUCUUAGAAACUGAGUUAUCAUUAAACGAAAACAACGUUUUCAUCCAUUCAAAAUGCUUAGAUAAUCGAACGGCCGCUGAAACUGUUGCAAAACAACUUUUAACACAUCUCGAUUCAUAUCAAAGUACCGACGUUUUGUUAUCACCCUGGCAAAAUCAUAUUAAUAACACCCCAACGAUUGAAAAUGAUGAAUCUUGGACAACCGAUCAUGAAAAUCGUCUUCGUGAGCAUGUAUCCCGUUUAAAAGCUGAAAGAAGUAACAUUCAAGGAACGUACGUGGUUUUAGAAUCAACCCAAGUCGAUCACGUCCCAAUUCGGCCUUCUAGCAGUCAAGAGGCGAGAAAAUUAGAUCUUGAAAUGGCGGUUUUAAUGCAAGAAUUAAUGGGGUUGAGAGAGGAAAAAGCUGAAUUAGUCGCAAAAUUAUUCGUUAUGGAGAAAGAAAAGUGUACGAUUGAAUUAAAAUUGAAAUAUGUGGAAGGGCAACAAAAAGCUCAAAGUGCGACUUUAAAAAAUAUACAGGGACAGUUAAAAGAUACUGAAGCAUUAUUGGCAAUUGCUACGCAAAAUAAGGAAAGGGGUUAUUCAGAUACCGAACAUGCGCAAGGCGUUGAAUUGGAAUUAAUGCAAGCUUUAGGGAGAGAAUCAAGAUUAAAAGUUCGUUUACAAGAACUUGUUUCAACAUUAGAACAAGUUACUAAAAACGCGGAAGCUCGAUUAUUAGAAGGACGAGAGUUAGUUCAUGAUCUCAAUCAAACAAAUAGUAUAUUAGCCGAAACCGUAGAUAGAAAUAAUAAGAAAUAUCAAGCAAAAUUUAAACGUAUGGAACAACAAAUGCUUCAAAUGGUAGAGCGACAUACAUCCCAGAUUCAAACGUUACAACAACGUAUAGCAUCUUUAGAAACUCCUCCAACGAAUAGUUCGGAAAAUUCAAUGAGUUCAGUAGCAGUUUAAAUUUGUUUCAAAUCACACAGAUUAAUAAGCACUACGUAAAAAAAAAAUUUAAUCGUAAUAUAUAAAAAAAAAUAUAAGUAAAUAGGUUUUAAUCAUUUUUUAAAUGUCUAUUUGAUUUUGAGGCCGAGGUGCGUUGCUGUGAUUAAAUAAAAAGUACCGAAACGAAAA